AUGAGAUUUCUGUGUUGAAUUGAUGAUUAAAUCAUAAUAGAAUUCUGUGUUCUUGAUACAGCAAAUUAGAAUGGCCAACAGCUAUGGAUGAAUUAGUUUCUUUCAUGAGUUUCCUUUGUAUUAUUUUUUUCAUCUGGACUUGAUCGCGAAACAUAAGGAUUGAAUUGUGAACCUUUGUUUUCUGCAGUGUAAUGUUUGGAAUUGUUUUGUGUGAGGUCUUGCGUUGCAUUGAGCCCCGUGCAUGAUUUGGCGAUGCCUCUCUGGGUUUUUGAAUUCCUAUACUCGCCACUACUUCGAUUUUGCUUGCAUGAGAUUCCAUCAUGUUUUAGCUUUUAAGAAAUUAAAUUAACUACUCUGAUGUGAACAUUGGCUUCUUAUAACUACACUUUGAAGUUUCCGCACUGACUUCGUGUUAGGAUUAGCUAUGGUUUAUGCAAUAAUGCUUGAUUCAUUUUGUGUGCUUUUUGUGAUAUGUAGCUAGUUGGAUCUAUCUUCAACUGAUCUUAAGGCGGAAGUGUUUGUUUGUGGUUUCAUCAGCGUGUGUUGCUGUUUUAAUUGUUUGUUGAACUCUACAUUUGUGUAGUUGUUGGUGAUGACGUGGUGUUUCCUGCAGCGAAAUCGAAGGGGCUGAGGACAUCGGCUUUUCUUUGAGUUUUGAUGUAUUCUACAGGAGGAGUUCUUGAACCUGCAAAGCUAUACAAGCUAAAGCACCUGUCAAAAGUGGAAGUUGUAGCAAAUGAUCCCUGUGGAUGUACAUUUACUCUGGUAAAGUUCCAUGAUGGAAGAGAUCUUUAUGUUCUAGUUCCAGACAUGUACUCAGUUUCUGGCACUGAAGCAAUAUGCGAAGCAUCCUACCGUUCCUGUUUUGGAGUUUUUUUUUUUUUUAUGUCUUCCCAAUCAUUUGCUUGUUGGGCUGAUGCAUGUGUAUCUUGCAGGGAUUUGAUAACCUUAGAAGCCAGAGUGUGGCUCCCUCAAUGGACCAUGCGCAAUAUUGAUGAUAGGAAUCGCCUCCUUCUUUGCUUCUUGAACAUCUGUAAAGAUGUUUUGGGUUGCCUUCCUAAGGUUGUUGGUAUAGAUGUUGUGGAGAUGGCUCUUUGGGCUAAGAUAGAAACACGCAAUAACAACUUGGAAAUGCAAUCAGUAAAUUACAAAUCUCUCAUUGAAGAGUUUGAUAAGCUUCUUGAGCGAUCACGUGUCCCUUCUGAAGUUAAAGAGAAGCGUGCAGAACUUGAAAAAUUAAAAUCUACUUUUGUCAGGAGAGCCUCUGAAUUCUUGAGAAAUUAUUUUGCUAGUUUGGUGGACUUCAUGAUAAGUGAUAAAAGUUACUUUUCUCAGCGGGGACAGUUAAAGAGGCCUGAUCAUGCUGACCUGCGGUACAAGUGCAGGACAUAUGCACGUCUUCUGCAACAUUUGAAGAGUCUUGACAAGAAUUGUUUGGGUCCACUGAGAAAAGCUUAUUGCAGUUUUCUGAACUUGCUUCUUCGCAGGGAGGCCCGUGAGUUUGCAAAUGAACUUCGUGCUAGUACUAAAGCAUCUAGAAAUCCAACUGUUUGGCUUGAAGGUUCCACAGGUUCUGGUCAGAAUGUAAAUGCUACUGACACUUCGACAGUCUCUGAUGCUUAUGCAAAGAUGCUUACAAUUUUUAUCCCACUUCUGGUGGAUGAGACUUCUUUUUUUGCACACUUCAUGUGCUUUGAAGUUCCUACACUUGUUCCUCCAGGAGGUGUUGUUAAUGGCAACAAAGCUGGAUAUGAUGAUGAUGAUGAUGAUUUGGGAAUUAUGGACAUUGAUGAGAAUGACAGCAAAUCUGGUAAAAAUUCUGCGGAGCUUGAAGCUUUGAAUAAAUCACUUAAGGAUUUACUUGAUGGAAUACAAGUGUACACUGUACAGUGUACCGCAACAGAUCGUGAAUAUGGAUUAUUAUUUUCUGUUUCCUGCACUAGGUGUGCAAUGUGCACACUGCACAGUACAAGUUUCUAGCUGGGGGUAGUGCUGCAACGAAUACGUCGAAACCCAGAAGUUUAUUAGUUGAUUCAGCUAUUUUCAAAGAGUUCAAUUUUAGUUUGAUUUAUUCGAUAUAAUAACUAUUUUUCAGAAUUUAAGCUCAAACAAACAUGAUGAGUUAUAAAAGUGUUUAAUUUUUUCUUAAUAAAGUAAAAUAGUUAUCACCCUUUUCC